ACGACAGACUGCGCGAAGCCUGGCACUCGGUGCGUCCUCCGCAGACCGGGCGACCCAGUGCACCGCUGCAGCAUUACUCUCGGUCCGGCCAACCCCGCGCAGAGCCCCGGCGGCUCUGGCCGCGGCAGCACUGAGCGCCACGCGUCGAAAGCGCAGGCCCCGAGGACCUGCCACACUGACAGUAUGAGCCGCACAGCUUACACGGUGGGAGCCCUGCUUCUCCUCUUGGGGACCCUGCUGCCCGCUGCUGAAGGGAAAAAGAAAGGGUCCCAAGGUGCCAUCCCCCCGCCAGACAAGGCCCAGCACAAUGACUCGGAGCAGACUGAGUCGCCCCAGCAGCCUGGCUCCAGGAACCGGGGGCGGGGCCAAGGGCGGGGCACAGCCGUGCCCGGGGAGGAGGUGCUGGAGUCCAGCCAAGAGGCCCUGCAUGUGACGGAGCGCAAAUACCUGAAGCGAGACUGGUGCAAAACCCAGCCGCUUAAGCAGACCAUCCACGAGGAAGGGUGCAACAGUCGCACCAUCAUCAACCGCUUCUGUUACGGCCAGUGCAACUCCUUCUACAUCCCCAGGCACAUCCGGAAGGAGGAAGGCUCCUUUCAGUCCUGCUCCUUCUGCAAGCCCAAGAAAUUCACUUCCAUGAUGGUCACACUCAACUGCCCUGAACUACAGCCACCUACCAAGAAGAAGAGAGUCACACGUGUGAAGCAGUGUCGUUGCAUAUCCAUCGAUUUGGAUUAAGCCAAACCCAGGUGUGCACCCAGCCUGUCCUAGGUAUGCAGCCCCAGGAAGACCUAGACCCAAAACCACCCGAUUCUUACUUGGCUUAAACCUAGAGGCCUAGAAGAACCCCCAGCUGCCUCCUGGCAGGAGCCUGGUUCUGCGUAGUUUGUGCCUGUGGGUGCUUUUAGACACCAGAGGAAACAGUCUCUGCUAGAGAGCACUUAAUAUUUUGUAAACGUAUUUGCUUUAAUGGGGAUGGUAGCAGAAGCCCACAUUAACCUGCUCACGUCUAAAGGGGCGGUGCAGUGGUCUGGUUCUGCCUUUGUGUUCCUUGUGCCCUCCUGGGGACCAGAAUCUCCCUUCAGAUUGAAUGUUCAUGGAAGAGGCUAUUCUGAGGGCAGGAGACCUGUUUUAGUGCUGUAUUCGACAUGGAGAAGUCCUUUUAACCGGUGCUUGCAUCCUGCCUUACUCAUCCCUCCCACAGUCUGUCCCUUAAGUUCUGACGAGGUCAGUCUAAUCUUUU